UAAUUUAGUAAUCAUUGGAACAAUCUUUGUGAAUAUGUUAUUGCUGGCAAUGAAUAAAAAUUUUGCCAUUAUUGAUCUCAUCUUUACAGGAAUAUAUACAUUGGAAGUAAUUAUUAAGGUACUGUCCCGAGGCUUUGUAUUGCAUACGUUUUCAUACCUCAGGAACCCAUGGAACUGGUUGGACUUCACAGUAGUUUUGUUGGCUUAUUUGACACUGGCAUUUCCAACAAUUCCUGGACUAUCAGCGUUAAGGGCUUUCCGAGCUCUUAAGAUGAUUGCAAUUUUACCUGGGCUCAAGACUAUCAUUGGUGCUAUAUUCAAGUCUGCGAGGCUGCUAAUGGAAGUCCUUCUUCUCAUGAUGUUUGUUCUCCUAAUUAUUGCAUUGUUUGGACUUCAAAUUUUCAAAGGCGUUCUGACACACAAGUGUAUAAAAAACAUGGAACCCAGGGUUAACAUUACUCAUGCAGAAUGGGAAAAUUAUAUUCAAAACAAAUCUAACUGGCUUGUUAUUGAAGACGUUGAUACAAUGGUUUGUGGAAAUGGAACAGGUACUGGGAGAUGCCCCACAAACUUUACAUGUCUCCCUGGCAUAGGAUUCAAUCCAAACAAUGGAUAUACAAAUUUUGACAAUAUUGGAUGGGCAUUAAUCACAGCUUUUCAACUCAUCACACUGGACUACUGGGAAAACACGUAUAACUUGGUACUACGUGCCAGUGGAGCCUUUUACAUUAUCUUCUUUAUAGUAGUCGUCAUGUUUGGUGCUCACUACAUCGUAAAUUUGGUGCUAGCAGUCGUGGCAGCUUCCUAUGAAAAGGAAGCCAAAAGAAAACAAGAACUAAAGGAAGAAGAGGAACGGAUUUUGGAGUUAAGGCGACAGAAAGCACUGCUGCGUGCAAAAGAAAGUGCUCUUAGUCCAAGGGAAAAGUUUCGUCAGUGUGGAAAAAAGCUAACUCGGGGUUUUUCUAUGGAUUCUGUAAUGUCCUGGGCAACAGAAAUUUCCCAGCUCGAUGAAGAAGAAGAAAAUGAUAAACAAAAGAAUUCACGGUGUUAUGCUUUCAAAAAAAGAUUGAAGCGAAAGUUUUGCUCUUGGACCUGUUGCCCAGCAUUUUUAACACUGCAGGAAUAUUUAGUGAUCCUUGUUUCACACCCACUUUUUGAAGGGGUGAUUACUAUCUGCAUCCUAAUAAAUACUCUUUUGCUGUCGAUAGACUACCAUCAAGCACCUUAUUCUCAUGCCCUAGAAAGUGGAAACACUGUUUUGUCAAUUAUUUUUAUAAUAGAAGCUAUUCUGAAGGUGACUGCACUAAAUCCCAUGCCCUAUGUGAGAAAUGGAUGGAAUGCAUUUGAUUUUAUUAUUGUUCUGCUGACUUGUUUAGAAUGGAUACUCUCCACAGUAAAUAUUCCAACACUUAAACUUUCCAUGAUACGAUCACUGAGAAUGCUUAGAGUCUUCAAACUAGCAAAAAACUGGAAAACACUGAACACAUUGAUCAACAUUAUAUUCAAAUCUUUAAAAGAGAUGGGAAAUCUGACACUUAUCGUCAUCAUCGUGAUUUAUAUAUUCACUGUAAUAGGAAUGCAGCUUGUUGGACAUGACUAUGAAAAUAAAGUAAGCAAUCAAAUACCAAGAUGGAACUUCAGAGGCUUUUACAAUUCCUUUAUAAUGGUCUUUCGAAUUUUAUGUGGAGAAUGGAUUGAACCAUUGUAUGAUUGUAUGCGCUGCUCAAAGAUGUACUUUUGUCUACCACUGUUCUUGCUUACAUACAUAGCUGGAAACUUUCUGGUGUUAAACUUGUUCUUGGCUCUUCUUCUCAACUUCUUUUCUGGGGAUACACUAACUGCAAAUAAAAAGGAAGAAAAAACAACUCCAUAUAAAGAUUAUAUUAAGAGCUUCCUGCUUACGCUAUCUUGCCGAAAAAGAAAUAAAUCAUCUUUGGGUAAAAUACAGCCAGAUGACCAAACAGAUACUUCAGAGACAGACAAUGCUCACUUUUCUAAUGAUGUCCCUUUAUCAGACUGCAAUAUGAAACAUCAGAUGAGUAUGCAAAAUGAAAUUAACUUGUCAAGGACUGUUGAGUCAACAGCUUCGCCAACACUGUCAAAUAGUGCUGAGCUCCCUUCAAUGGGCACAAAUGAAGUGCCUACCAUCAGUGCUAUGUGUGAUCCAGCCAGUGGUGGACGGAAGUAUGAAAAUGGAUCAGCAGUCUUGAUGCUCGAGACGGUGGAGGAAGAGCAGCAGGAAGCAGAACGUGAACUCUAUCGUCCAUCUGGGGACACGGGUUGCCCAGAAAUAACAGAGCAGUCAAAUGAUAAACCUGUUAAUGAAGAUAAUAAAACCGAUGGUGAGAAACCUCUGUGCUCAGUUGAAGAGGAAGGCAUGGAGGAUGAAGAACAAAAAACAGAAGUCAAAACAAUGCAGCCCUGCUUGCCAGCCAUGUGCACUGAAAAAUGCAUUUGUUGUAAUGCACUUAAAACAACCUUCUUGGGAAAGCUCUUCCUUUCACUGAGGACACUGAUGUUCAAAGUGGUGAAUAAUCGUGUGUUUGAUGGCAGUGUACUGUUUGUCAUACUUUUGAGUACAAUGACACUGACUUUAGAUGAUAAAUACUUACAAAAAGAUGCAAAAGUCCAGCUGGCACUGCGGUACCUGGAUUACUUUUAUGCCUUCUUUUUCAAUUUUGAAAUGAUUGUUAAAGUGCUAGGCCUUGGUCUUACAGACUAUUUUACCAACGUCUGGACAUUACUGGAUUUCUUUCUUGUUGUGGUAAGUUGGCUCAGUAUGUUAGGCAACAGCAUUCAAGCCUUCAAAUCACUGCGAUCUCUCAGAACACUGCGUGCUUUGAGACCUCUACGAGCCAUUUCUCGUUGGGAAGGAAUGAGGCUUGUUGUUAACGCCUUGGUUGCUUCAAUACCAUCGAUUUCGAAUGUCAUGUUCGUAUGUCUUGUAUUCUGGCUGAUAUUUGGCAUUGUUGGUGUUCAGAUCUUUGGUGGAACUUUCUUCCAAUGUGUGGAUCAAAAUAAUGACCGUCUUCCCAUUAGUAUUGUAAAUAAUCGAUCUGAAUGCAAUGCAUAUCAAGAUCUCGGAUACCAAUGGGUCAACCCCAAGAUUAACUUUGAUAACGUAUUAGCUGCUUACAUGGCUCUCCUGCAGGUGGCAACAUUUGAAGGUUGGCUAGAAAUUAUGGCAAAUGCUGCUGAUACUCGUGGGAUUGACCUACAGCCUGAAAUGGGUGCAAAUCCAUACAGCCUCUUCUACUUUGUAGCUUUUAUUGUAAUUGGAACUUUCUUCACAUUGAAUCUUUUCAUUGGUAUAAUUAUUGAUAACUUUAACACCAUGCAUAAAAGGGUGAAAGGAGCUUUAGUCACAGUUCUAACUGAAGAUCAAAGAAGGUUUUAUGGCACACUUAAGCGUCUGUUUAAGACUAAACCAUUUAAGAAAAUUCCAACUCCUAAGAAUGUGAUUCUUUACAAGUUCUACAAGUUAGUGAGCCAUAGAUGGUUUGAACCAUUCACCAUUUUCUUAAUAACAUUGAAUGUGCUGGUGAUGGCAUGUGAUCAUUAUGGACAGACAAAAAGAUUUGCCUUAGUUUUAAAUUGGUUCAAUGUAAUAUUUGCAGCUCUAUUUACAGUUGAAGCAAUUUUAAAACUGUUAGGCCAACGCCAAUACUAUUUCACUCAAGCUUGGAAUAUCUUUGAUUUUCUAGUCGUCGUUCUUUCCCUUGUAGGAAUCUUGUUGGAUUCAUCCGCAUCCAAAAAGCAAGGGGUUUCUCCGACUAUUUUACGAGUGUUCCGAAUUGUCAGGCUGGCGCGGUUGUUGAGGUUGGUGAGAUCCUUGAAGGGGAUUCGGAAGUUGCUGUUUACGUUGGUGAUAUCAAUCCCGGCCCUUUUCAAUAUCGGCCUGCUCCUCGGCCUGGUCAUGUUCAUUUAUUCAAUAUUGGGGAUGAGUUUGUUUCGAGACCUUCCGAGAGAAUCGCCAAUAAACGACAUGGUCAAUUUCGAAACUUUCGGCAAUAGUAUGAUGCUUCUGUUUAGAUUGACAACAGCCGCCGCUUGGAAUGAGAUUCUCCACGUGAUGAUUAACUCCCCCGUCCAGAGGCAGUUUGUAUCGUUCACCUACAUGACAUCGUACAUAGUGGUCGCGUAUAUCGUGAUUAUCAACAUGUAUGUCGCUGUCAUUUUAGAAAACUUCCACGAAGCCCAAGAGCAAGAACUCGCUGGAGUGACAGAUGAAGACGUGGACAUGUUUUACGAGGUCUGGAGUAAUUAUGAUGUGAAGGCGACACAAUUCAUCACAUACGACCAAUUAUCUGACUUCCUAAAUGAACUCAAAUCUCCUUUACGAAUACCAAAACCUAACGCAGUGAAAGUUGCGGCUCUCAACCUACCAUUAACUAAUGGUGACAAGCUGCACUGUCUGGAUGUACUGGAAGCUCUCAGUGCUGUUAUCGUUGGCAAAGUCACGGAGUCAGAGCCCCUCAAGAAGCUCAGUGGAGAAGUUUAUAAAAUGUCAGUGAAAGUAUUCCCCAUUCGGAACACCUUGGAAACGAUCACUACCACAUUCAUGUUACGAAAGGAAUUCAAGGCUGCGUUAACCAUUCAGAAAGCAUUUCGAAAGUGGAAAUUACGUCAAAACCAUACAACAGCCAAAAAGAAACUUGAAAGAUCUUUCAGCUCCUUGAGAAAAUCGCUCCGAAGUCUCCGUUCCAGCAGGCCGACCUCUCCUUUAACAUGAUUUUCACCUGGUUAUUAGUAGAAGCGUAGACAGUGCG